AUGAUGCGAAAAAAGGAAAACGGAAGCGAAUGGAAAAAAAUAAAAAAUCUCGAGUCCCUCGAGGCCGAAAAUGACUCCUAUAUCGAAGACCUGGAGGCCAGGGUCCAGGGCCUCAAGGAGCUGAGUCUGGCCAUGCGAGAUGAAGUGCAGACCUCCAACAGUCUUCUCGGGGCAAUGGUGGGCAGCAGCAGCAGCAGCAGCAGCAGCAUGAGCAGCAGCAGCAGCAGCAUGAGCAGCAGCAGCAGGGGCAUCAGUAGCAGCAGCAGCAGCAGCAGGGGAAUGAGAAUCAGCCCGACUAGCGGGAGCCUCCGGAGCAGCAGCAGCAGCAGCAGCAGCAAGAAAUGUGCACGAGAGCCUCGAAUGGGACUUUAA